UGAUGCCUGUGAUGAAAACCCAGAGCUACGUAAACUGAUCGUCGAUAAUUGGCAAAUGGAUUCAUCAAUCUAUUCUAUUUUGAUCGGACAUGGUGUGACGGUGGAAUAUCUUGCACUCAUUGACGAAGUGGCCUUGGCAGAUAUUUUCUCAGUCGCGAAGUGGACAGGCCAUAAGCACGCUCUCAGGAGAAAGUUACAGCUGUGGGAAAAAAGUGCUAUGUUUCAGGUAGAUCCGGUGAUCAAAAAUUCACCCAUCGUUAGCAACCCUGGUCCAUCACAAACACAAGUUCUCGCAUCAGCACCCCAAUAUCCUCUUCUGCCUACAUCAGUUACUCUGAAUCUUCUGGAGGACAUUCUCGGAAGGAACGAAAAAGGGAAGAUUGUGACACAGUUUUAUAAAACUCAUCAGCGACUAGACACUCAACAUAGGAAGUACUUGGCACACACCGUAGUCGACUAUUACAUUGCGAAUGGCAAUUAUUUCCCGAUACCAGAUAUGGCACGAUUUUCACAAUGCAUCGCAGAGAAAUUUCCACCAGAGCUACCAGAAGUGUACUUCAAUCCACGGAACGCAGCGAUAAACAAAAAGCAUCCAACUGGGAUUCUCUAUGAUCGGUUCCACAACCGGAACAAAAAGCAUCAGCUGCUAAGCAAACUGGAGCAGAAAAAUACCACCGUCGAUUAUUGGAAAAUCUUCAAGGCCAAGGCUUUGACUUUGACAAGUGAAGAAAUCAAAAAACAAAAUUCGUUUAAAUCAUGGCUCCGAAAUAAUCAACAACCCUCCGAAAAAGUAGUAGAUCAUUGGCGAGAAUCGUUUUUACUGCGCGUUAGAGAAAUUGUGGGAGAGACAGAUCCAGAUAAGGGGCAGCUGGUGGCUGAAUGGCCAAGAUUGGCUGAUGAAAACGGUUACCUACUGAUUGACGCCGACUUCGAGGCUAUCUACCGAAACUCAACCGGGUCUUCUAUUUUCGAGGAAUGGGAUGGUUUUAUUCCUCGCUUUCUGGAAUACGUUCAACUGAAUGGCUUGAAGGAUGACUAUUCUCGUCAACUGCUGAUACAACUGGAGGAGGAAGUUGUCCCUAAAGAUACUCGUGACUUCAUUUGCUGUACUAUUUUCCAUGGUCUUGUUAAGCCCGUACGGACAUCAUUGCGAAAGUUACCAAGCAUCCUUCAAGCACAAACUGACAUGUGCUAUGCAUGUGCAACUUACGAAGAGUUUCUCGAAGCAGUGAGCUCAUUGCGUAACGAGCUUUUCUCGGAUAAAAUUCCUUUCACUCCUCGCAUAUAUGUUGUUGGUCAAGUUGGUGAGUUCACUGGAUUCUACGUAGUUACUUCAAAACUUUAGUACCAGCUGCCGACAUUCCUCCGGUGCGUCGAUCUAAUAGUUAAAAUUAAAUUUACCCUCAACUACGAAUUUCCCGAGAGCUGCGAGUUGUUUUGGUGUUUCAUCGCCAAACACUUCUACAAGCUUGAUUUCUCGCGUAAGGCGAAGAAUAGCCAACUGCUCCAGCUCUUUGCGCACUUGGGAAACAACUUGCCAUCAUGAAUUGUCAUCUGUGUCAAGCCUCUUACGAAUCAGUUCAACACAUUUUUGACCACCUGGCAAUAUACCACAGUACUCCGACAGUCUUCAAGUACAUGUGCACAGCAUGUGUACCAUCAGCAUCGUUCCAGAACCUCCAUCGUUUUAAACGUCACGUCAACAUGAAACAUCUCGAUUUAUUCAAACCGGUCGCUGCUGAGCGAAAUCCCAAUCAAACACCAUCGAGUAUCGCUAACCACGAUCUGGCGGAACUCGAUAUCGAUAUGGAAGAGUGCCGUGAAAUGCCGCAUACAAACAAGGACCCUGAAAUACAGAAUAUGGAAGACCAAAAGAAAAAUCAAAUAUGUGAUAAAGAUAUACUAGAUAUAAGAAAUACUCUAAGAGAAAAGUUUUUAAAUUUUACUUUAAGCCUACAUGAUAAGUCCAAUUACACAAGGAAAGAUGUAA